ACAAAAAUGGCUGAUCGUUACUUCACCAACGAAAUGCCUGAUUACAUACCGCCGGAAAAUCCCCCCGCCGCCGCCGUUGAAUCAGCCGCAGCUUCCGUCUCCGAUUCGCUCACGAAUCUUCUCCACCUCCCGUACAAAACCCUCUCCGAACGCCUGAAAAAAUCAGCUCUGGAUCUCAAAGACACAGUGGUGAAGGAGACAUGGGUUUGUAAAGGAAAACGUGUCGGUGGUGAUUAUAGUUUGUAUACCGGAGCUUUGGGAACUGCUUUCUUGUUGUUUAAAUCUUAUCAAAUUACAGGAGAUAAGAACAAUCUCUCUCUUUGCUCUGAUAUUAUCAAAGCUUGUGAUUCUGCAUCUCAAUCCUCUCAGCGCGUGACUUUCGUAUGCGGUCAAGGUGGUGUGUAUGCUCUCGGUGCCGUAGCAGCACACCACAAUGGCGAUGAACAAUUACGUAAUCGAUACAUAACACGGUUCAAAGAGAUUAAGCUUUCGAAGGAUCUUCCAGACGAACUACUAUACGGUAGAGCCGGGUUCUUGUGGGCAUCUUCGUUCAUGAACAAAAACAUCGGUGCAAACACAAUAUCUUCAAUUAGAAUGAGGGCUGUUGUUGACGAGAUUAUAAAGUCCGGUAGAAAUUUGGCAAAAGGAAACUGCCCUUUGAUGUUUGAAUGGCACGGGAAAAAAUACUGGGGUGGGGCCCACGGGCUUGCCGGGAUUAUGAACGUGUUAAUGGAUAUGGAACUUAAUCGAGAUGAGGUGGAUUAUGUAAAGGGAACACUUCAUUACAUGAUCAAGAAUCGUUUCGAAAGUGGAAACUAUCCCUCGAGUGAAGGAAGUGAAAACGAUAGGCUUGUGCAUUGGUGCCAUGGUGCUCCCGGUGUUGCUCUUACUCUAGCAAAAGCAGCCAAGGUUUUUGGGAGCGAAGAGUUUAUGCAAGCGGCGAUUGAAGCAGGGGAGGUGGUUUGGAAACGAGGACUGCUUAAACGAGUCGGAAUUUGUCAUGGCAUAAGUGGCAAUGCGUAUGUAUUUCUUUCUCUCUACCAAUUGACCGGUAAGUCGGAGUUUCUAUACAAGGCGAAAGCAUUUGCGUGCUUUCUUUACGAUCGUGCUCAAAAACUCGUAUCGGAGGGUGUUAUGCAUGGGGGCGAUCGUCCGUAUUCACUGUUUGAAGGUAUUGGCGGAAUGGCUUAUCUGUUUCUUGACAUAAUCGAACCAUCUCAGGCUAGAUUUCCAGUUUUCGAACUUUAGUUUUUAAAUUUUGUUACACGAAUGAAUUUGUGUAAAUAUGUUUAGUGCAUGCACUUUUUCUCUCCGAACGAACAAGUUUGUAUUAAAUGAGUUUCAAGUUUACUCGUACCGUUUCAAUUUC